UGGGCCAACAGGAGAGGGAAGGCAGUGUGGGGGCAGAACAGAAGGGAGAAGCCAGCAGGACAGAUCAGUCUCCCAACACCUGCACCUGGUCCUCAUUCAGUCCCAAACCGAGGUCCCUUUAACGGGUCAGAGGACCAAAACCCCAGACCUCGUCCCGGGGAUGGACACCCGAUUUUUUAACUUUUGGAGACAAGAAAUCAGGAAUCAGAUUUUUUUAAAUGUUACCACCAAAGAAUGUGUUCUGAUUAGUUGUUUAAUCUCAGAGGAAUUUUCAGCUCUUUUGGAUUGAUUGGUUCUUUUCUUUUAAUUUUUCUGCGUAAAAACACGCAGAGAGGAUCCGGCUCCGACGCGCAAAACUCGCUGGGGAGAAUGCGGCGGUAACAUCCCCGCAAGUUUGGGGGCUGUUUUUUUCCGAGACACAGCGGCAGCAGCAGAGCAAACCAAGAACUCAAAGAUUUAGAUCUCUGUGGGCUACCUGCAUGACUGUUACCAUGACAGCACCGGGAGCCCGACUCCUCCUGUUGGCCCUCUGUGUUUACAGAGGCUUGGGCUGGCAGCAGUUUGCACCCCGGGUUCACCUCUCCUUCAAAGAGCUCAUGGACACAAAAGCAGCCCGGCCCUUCAGUUUCUCUUUCAACACCAGCGACUACCGCAUCCUCCUGAUGGAUCAGGAUCAGGGCCGCCUGUACCUGGGCAGCCGGGAGUACCUGGUGGCUCUGGACAUGCACAACGUCAACAAGGAACCGCUGAUAAUCCACUGGCCAGCUUCUGCCAAGAGAAAGGGAGAAUGUCAGAUGACAGGAAAGGGUAAACAGGGCGAGUGUGCCAACUUUGUGCGUUUGAUUGAGCCGUGGAACCGCACCCACCUCUACACCUGCGGAACGGGGGCUUAUCAACCCAUCUGCACAUUUGUCAACCGAGGCUGGAGGGCGGAGGACUACUUGUUUAGGCUGGUUCCUGGGUAUGUGGAUUCAGGAAAGGGAAAAUGUUCCUAUGAUCCCAAACAGGAAAACGUUGCAGUUUUGAUCAAUGAUAACCUGUACGCAGGUGUGCAUAUUGACUUCAUGAGCACAGAUGCGGCUCUGUUUAGGACCAUGGGAGGGAGGCCAGCCAUCAGGACAGAGCAGUAUGACUCCAGGUGGCUGAAUGAGCCUGUGUUUAUUCAGAUCCAGCAGAUCCCUGACAGUGCAGAAAAGAACGACGAUAAACUUUACUUCUUCUUCCGUGAGAAGAGUCUAGAAACCACCAGUGGGGCGAGUCCCACCGUUUUAUCCAGGGUGGGAAGAGUGUGUCUGAAYGAUGAAGGGGGACAGAAAUCCCUGGUGAACCGCUGGACCACGUUCCUGAAGGCCCGUCUCAUCUGCUCCGUGAUCGGAGCCGACGGGAUCGAGACGCCGUUCGACGAACUACGGGAUGUUUUUAUUCAGCCGACACAAGAUGAACGAAACCCCAUGGUGUACGCUCUYUUCACCACAGCCGGCUCUGUGUUCAAGGGCUCAGCAGUGUGUGUGUACUCGAUGGCUGAUAUCCGCAACGUGUUCAACGGACCGUUUGCCCACAAACAUGGCCAUAACUACCAGUGGACAGAAUAUACUGGCAAGAUUCCCUAUCCGCGGCCAGGAACGUGUCCAGGAGGAACCUUUACACCUGGCAUCCGUUCCUCCAAGAACUUCUCAGACGAGGCGGUGAACUUCAUCAGAGCCCAUCCGCUCAUGUUUCACCCGGUUUAUCCAAUCCACCGUCGCCCCCUGGUGGUCAGAACCGGCGUGGACUAUAGGUACACGGCGCUGGUGGUGGAUCAGGUGGACGCUGUGGACGGGCGAUACGAGGUGCUCUUCCUGGGCACAGAUCGAGGCACUGUGCAAAAAGUUAUCGUUUUGCCCAAAGACCCGACAAACAUGGAAGAACUGACCCUGGAGGAGGUGGAGGUUUUUCGGAGCAGAGCUUCGGUCAAAACAAUGAAGAUUUCUUCUAAAAGACAACAGCUGUACGUGUCAUCAGAAGCUGGGCUGACCCAGGUGUCGCUGCACCGCUGUGGCGUUUACGGCAGGGCCUGCUCCGACUGCUGCCUGGCUCGGGACCCUUACUGCGCCUGGGAUGGAGAGAGCUGCUCUGCUUUCACCCCAACAACCAAAAGGAGGAGCAGAAGACAGGACGUUAAACACGGUGAUCCGUUGAGACAAUGCAGAGGCUUUAAUGCAAAGGUGGAGAAACGCCUGAGAGAGACGAUGCAGUUUGGGGUGGAGGGCAGCAGCACCUUCUUGGAGUGUCAGCCUCGCUCCCCCCAAGCAUCGGUCAAGUGGCUCUUCCAGAGGGAGGGAAAGAGGAAAGUGCUGAAUCGUGCUGGAGGAGUCCUGAAGACCAACCACGGCAUCCUCCUGAAAUCCCUCAACCAAUCAGACGCAGGGCUCUACCACUGCCUCGCCACUGAAAACAACUUCAAACACACAGUGGCCCGCGUGGCGCUGCGCAUCCUCAACMGGGACAUUGUUUUAGCCCUCACCGCUCAAGACGAGGACGAGGUGCCGAAAAGUCGCCAGGCAGAGCCUCACCCGCAGUCGCCCCUCACUUCCACGCCCUUCCCACCUGAGAUCAGACUGAUUAACCAGUACUGCCAGUCCUACUGGGAACAGAUCAACCCCAAACAGCAGCAGCAGCAGAGGAAGCGGACCAGCCGCAGGCACACAGAAAGCCAGGACCAAGGCCUUGGUUAGGAGGACAGGACCAACCCAUGUUGAACUUUAUUCUGGACUUUUAGUUUGACACGAGUUUGGGUGUCACUUCCGUUGAUUAGGCAGGUGACGCUGUCGUUCUGUUGUUAAAAUGUUGGUGGUUUUUCCCAGUUGUUGGCUCGGUAAAUCCUUAUGAAACAGUUUACACUACUGAUGACCACUUUCAAAAUCAUCCCAUACAUUUUGAGUUAUAAAAGACAGCUUUAAUAUGAAAAUAAUGUUACUAUGGUUUAAAACAGGCUGCUCGGUGAGACAGUGCAUCACAUUUCACACAAACUUUGAGUUUUUGUAAGAAAACAAGUCMGACUGCCGUGUGAUAGAUCUGCCUCCUACAGUUACACAGGUAUGUUUUCUUUUAUCUAAAASAGAAAUGUAAUAUAUUGAUUGUGAAUAUAAUAAUAAUGGUCAUAUGUUGUUUAGAUUACCCUUUGUAUUGUAUGCUACUAUGAUGAUAUAUUGUAAAUGCAUAUUUUGCAUGCCUAUUGUUGUUUGUUGCGAGAUGUACAUUUCACGAUUGCCCUGUUUCAGAUUCGUUGUGUUCUGCUGUCGAUAGAGUGUAUUGUAUUCUGCUAAGCUAAUUCCAUUGGAUGUUGAUGUAUAAUGAGCUCCUUACUGUCCCGUGCUUUAGUGACCUGCAGUCUGUGAGUAUUGAUGUGUGUAGCGUACAGUGUUCUUCSAGUGAUGCACUUUGUCGGUGGUGGCAUUUUGAGGGAACGUGAGAUCUUUGCACAGAUGUAUGAAAAAAAAUUGGAUAAGAAAAGUUUUUUUUAUGUAUCAUAUGCUAUAAAAAUGGGAAUGAAUCUGG